CAGAACCAGAGACAGGAGGCAGGCAGUGGGCAUUGUGGGAGCCACAGCCAGAGGACCCGGGAUGGCCCUGAGGACCCCCAGCAGGGCUCCCCUGCUCCUCAUGGGGCUGCUGACCACAGGCCUGGCCCAGUUGCCGCUCUCUGCCUCGGCCCCUCGAGGCUUCUGGGCUCUGCCAGAAAACUUGACGGUGGUGGAGGGAGCCACUGCUGAGCUGCAGUGUGGGGUCCACGCCCCUGGCAGUGUGGUGCAAUGGGCCAAAGAUGGGCUACUCCUGGGCCCUGAUCCUAGGAUCCCCCGCUUCCCGAGGUACCGCCUGGAAGGAGACCCGAGUAGAGGUGAAUUCCACCUGCAUAUUGAAGCAUGUGACCUGAGCGACGAUGCAGAGUAUGAGUGUCAGGUCGGCCGCUCGGAGACAGGCCCUGAGCUCGUGUCUCCCAGAGUGAUCCUCUCCAUCCUGGUGCCCCCCAAGGUGCUUCAGCUGACCCCUGAGGCAGGGAGCACAGUCACGUGGGUAGCCGGGCAGGACUACGUGGUCACCUGUGUGUCUGGGGACGCGAAGCCGGCACCCGACAUCACCUUCUUCCAGAGUGGACAAACAGUUUCUGACAUCUCUGCCAAUGUGAAUGCGGGGUCCCAGGAGAAACUCUUCACCACAGAGGCCACAGCCAGGGUGACACCCCAGAGCUCAGAUAAUGGGCAGCUAUUGGUCUGUGAGGGAUCCAGCCCAGCAUUGGACACCCCUAUCCGGGUCUCGGUCACCAUGAAUGUUCUGUUCCCCCCAGGGCCCCCUGUCAUUGAAUGGCCUGGCCUGGACGAGGGGCAUGUGCGAGCAGGACAGAGCUUGGAGCUGCUGUGUGUGGCCCGAGGGGGGAACCCGCCAGCCACACUGCAGUGGCUGAAGAAUGGCCAGCCCAUGUCCACAGCGUGGGGCACAGAGCACGCUGAGGCAGUGGCCCGAAGCAUGCUAGUGAUGGUCGUGCGACCAGAAGACCACGGGGCGAGGCUCAGCUGUGAGGCCCACAACAGCGUAUCUACAGGGAUCCAGGAGCGCGGGGUCACGCUGCAGGUCACCUUUCCCCCUAGUGCCAUUACCAUCUUGGGAUCCGCAUCCCAGUCUGAGAACAAGAAUGUUACGCUCUCCUGCAUCUCCAAGUCCAGUCGCCCACGGGUCCUGUUGCGAUGGUGGCUGGGUUGGCGGCAGCUGGUGCCCACAGAAGAGAUGGUCGUGGAUGGCCUGCAUGGUGGCCACAUCUCCAUGUCCAAUUUGACGUUCCUGGUGCGACGGGAGGACAAUGGUCUGACUCUCACGUGUGAGGCCUUUAGUGAGGCCUUCACCAAGGAGACCUUCAAGAAAUCACUCACCCUGAAUGUGAAAUAUCCUGCCCAGAAGUUGUGGAUAGAGGGUCCACCAGAGGGACAACGCCUCCGGGCUGGGACUCGAGUGAGGCUGGUGUGUUUGGCCAUUGGAGGCAACCCAGAACCCUCUCUUACUUGGCUCAAGGACUCCCGGACGGUGACUGAACUGCGGCCGCCCCAGGAGCCGCGGAGGGUGCAGCUGGGAAGUCUGGAGAAGUCAGGGAGCACGUUCUCCCGAGAGCUUAUACUGAUCACGGGUCCAUCGGACAACCAGGCCAAGUUCACGUGCAAGGCGGGUCAGCUGAGCGCAUCCACGCAGCUUGUGGUGCAGUUUCCCCCAACAAACGUGACGAUCUUGGCCAAUGCUACGGCACUGCGCCCAGGGGAUGCAUUAAACUUGACUUGCAUCAGUGUUAGCAGCAACCCUCCUGUCAACUUGUCGUGGGACAAGGAGGGGGAGAGGCUGGAAAGUGUGGCCACACCGCCCCGUAGUGCCCCAUUCAAAGGCUCUGCGGCAGCCAGGAGUGUCCUUCUGAGAAUGUCACCCCGAGACCACGGCCACCGAGUGACCUGCCGAGCCCACAGUCCUGAGCUACGGGAAACCAUGAGCGCUUUCUACCGCCUCAACGUGCUGUAUCCUCCAGAGUUCCUGGGGGAGCAGGUGCUUGUGGUGACCGCGGUGGAGCAGGGUGAGGCACUGCUGCCGGUGUCUGUGUCUGCCAACCCUGCCCCGGAGGCCUUCAACUGGACUUUCCGCGGCUACCGUCUCAGCCCAGCUGGCGGCCCUCGGCAUCGCAUCUUGUCUGGUGGAGCUCUGCAGCUGUGGAAUGUGACCCGCGCUGACGAUGGCCUCUAUCAGCUGCAUUGCCAGAACUCAGAGGGCACCGCCGAAACUCUAGUGCGGCUGGAUGUACACUAUGCUCCCACUAUCCGAGCUCUCCAGGAUCCUACUGAGGUGAAUAUUGGGGGUUCUGUGGACAUAGUCUGCACUGUUGAUGCCAAUCCUAUCCUUCCAGAGAUGUUCAGCUGGGAGAGGCUGGGAGAAGAGGAGGAGGACCAGAGCCUGGAUGACAUGGAGAAGAUAUCAAAAGGAUCCACAGGGCGUCUUCGAAUUCACCAUGCCAAACUGGCCCAGGCUGGUGCUUACCAGUGCAUCGUGGAUAAUGGAGUGGCACCUCCAGCCCGAGGGUUGGUCCGACUUGUUGUCAGAUUUGCCCCCCAGGUGGAGCACCCCACUCCCCUAAACAAGGUGGCUGCAGCUGGAGACAGUACCAGUUCUGCCACUCUCCACUGUCGUGCCCGAGGCGUCCCCAACAUCAUCUUCACUUGGACCAAAAAUGGAGUCCCUCUGGAUCUCGAGGAUCCCAGGUACACAGAGCACACAUACCACCAGGGUGGGGUCCACAGCAGUCUCCUGACCAUUGCCAACGUGUCUGCAGCCCAGGAUUAUGCCCUCUUCACGUGCACAGCCACCAACCCCCUUGGCUCAGACCACACCAACAUUCAACUCGUCAGCAUUAGCCGCCCGGAUCCCCCAUCAGGAUUAAAGGUUGUGAGCAUGACCCCAUAUUCAGUGGGGUUGGAAUGGAAGCCUGGCUUUGAUGGGGGUUUGCCACAGAGGUUCCAAAUCAGAUAUGAGGCACUGGAGACUCCAGGGUUCCUCUACAUGGACGUCCUACCACCUGAUGCCACCACCUUCACACUAACUGGGCUACAGCCUUCUACACGAUACAGGGUCUGGCUGCUAGCCAGCAACGCCCUGGGGGACAGCGGACUAACUGACAAGGGGUCCCAGAUCCCUAUUACCACCCCAGGUCUAGACGAGCCUUCUGGAGAACCUGACUACCAGCUGCCCACAGAGCAGCCUGUAGGACCCUCAGGGCUUCCUCUACUGCCUGUGCUGUUUGCUGUUGGGGGUCUUUUGCUGCUUUCUAAUAUCUCCUGUGUUGGAGGAUUCCUCUGGCAGCGGAGACUGAGGCGUCUUGCUGAAGGCAUCUCGGAGAAGACAGAGACAGGGUCGGAGGAGGACCGAGUCAGGAAUGAAUAUGAGGACAGCCGGUGGACUGGAGACCGGGACACUCGAAGCUCCACAGUUAGCACAACAGAUGUGGAACCAUAUUACCACUCCAUGAAGAACUUCAGCCCCCAGCUGCCACCAACACUGGAGGAGAUGUCUUAUCCCCGAGGUUUCACACAUAUUGAAGAGGAGAAUAUGGCUUUUCCUGGACACCUGUAUGAUGAAGUGGAAAGGCUAUAUGCUCCGCCUGGGGCCUGGGGACCCGUCUAUGAUGAAGUACCAAUGGGCCCCUCUGACCCCUGCUGGCCUGAGGAGACAUAUGAGGAUACAAGAAGAAUCUACGAUCGGGUGGCAGGAAACUUGGACCCUGUGGAAACUGAUUCUCUACCCUUUGAGCUGAGGGGACAUCUGGUGUGAGAGCCUUCCCAACACCCUUUUCCUACAUCUGCAAGACAUAAUAUUCCAAUGAUCUUUUUUAUUCCAACAUGGGCUGAGCUUGUUAAGUGAGCUUCAUGAGACACAAAGGGAUAGGACUAUUUUUGAGAGAGGUGUAUGUAAGUAACAGGAGAUGAUUCAAGCUGGUGCCAACAGGCUUAUAUAAAUAAGACUCCUCUGGGAGGUGGCUUUAGAAACUAAACUUCUCCAAAAAGAAACAGUGGAUUGUAAGAGACAUCUCAAUAAUGAAAAGCUACUUAAGGGUCUUUAUGCUUUUUAAAGUAAAAUUUUCAGAAGUUGGAAAAGACCUAUUUAAAAUAGUUCAUUUUGAGUUCAACUACACCCAAAAUAGCUAAUAAUAAGUGGAAUUUAUGAACUAUUAUUAUGUCCUACUUGUUUUAUUAUUUUUCUACAGGUAUCUAAAAUAUGACAUAUAAAAAUAAAAUAAAAUAAAUAAAAUAUGACAUAUAUAAACUAUGAUACACAUGUAAACAUAAAUAGACUAUAGAAAAUAAAAAGGCAAUAAAACAAGCUAGAAACAAAAGAAAAUAUAUUGUAUGAUUUCACUUCUAGAAAUUCUAAAACAGGCAAAGCUAAUCUAAAGUGACAGAGCAGAUAAGCAGUUGCCUGGGACCAAGAGAAGAAAAUUGACUGCAAAAGGGCACAACAGAAUUUUUUGGGGUAAAUGUUCUAUAUCAUGAUGUGGUGGUGGUUUCAUGGGUAUAUAGAUUUGUCAAACUCAUUGAACUGUACA